AUGAUAAAGCCAAAUUAUGAGUUACAGAUCAACAUCAGUGGUAUUAAAAUCUAUAAAAUUAAUAAAAUGAUAGAUAACAUAAAUACAAAAUGGAAGGGGCCCGUUUCUGAUAUGUGCCACCUAUGGAAUAACUUGAUUGCCAACUGUCACUCCCCCCACAAAACCUUCCUUCCCUUUUAUACCCCUAUUCGACCCCGCAUAAUUACCGCCAUCACCUCCUCCAUCAACCAUGUUAAUCAUAUCUCUAAGACAACUCUUGUUAAAUUAUCCUGUGUUUACCCUUUUGCCCCUGCUUCAUCUUUGACGUUAACGUAUGAUACUGCUUGCAUGGACCGACAGGGGUGGCUUCCAAGUCAUUUGAGCAGCACACUUUUGCUGGCAUGA